AUGAGUGAAAAAAGAAAGAGAGACGAAUCACCUGAGCCAGAAUCUAGGCCUAUAAAACCAAUUCCUGCAACAAAGAUACAGGCGUUCACUGUAGGCAGUCAAAAGAAAAGUGCUUUCCAAAAGCAUAAAGAGGAAUUAGAACAAAAAAAGCAGCAAGAGAACGCCGAAGCUGCUAAAGUAUAUGCAGAAUUUGUCGCUUCAUUUGAAGAAUCAAAACCAUAUAAACUGGGAAUAUCAUCGUUUGUGAAGUCAGGAACACUCCAACCGAAGAAUUCUGUUUUUGACGAUAAGAGUAGCGAUGAAGUUUCAACAGCAAAGAGUUCUCAAUUCAAACCGAUGUCGUUUGUCAAAGCAGGUGAAUCAGCUUUUGGUAAAACGGCGACUACUUCAGCAACUAUACCUUCCACUGAAUCUGCUCAAGAGAACGCACCAGUAAAAUUGAACAGUAAACCACAGAAAAAGCGUAAUUUGGACUCAUUUUUAGAAGAGAUAAAAAAGGAACAGGAAGUGCGUAGCAGAUCAGAUAUUAAGUCAUCUGAAUCUGGAUCUCACGACGAUGGAAAUCCUCACACUACCAAUUUGUAUGUUGGUAAUAUCAACCCCACAACUACUGAAAUUGGCUUGUGUCAAGAGUUUGGCAAACAUGGACCUAUUGCCUCUGUCAAAAUCAUGUGGCCACGUACACAGGAAGAGAAGGAUAAAGGGAAUAAUUGUGGUUUUGUGAGUUUCAUGAAGCGGGAAGAUGCAGCAGAUGCAUUAGAACACAUGGAUGGUAAAGAAGUAGAUGGUUUCGUGAUACGUGUUGGAUGGGGUAAAGCUGUCCCUUUGCCAGAUCAGCCAUUCUUUGGUAGGUUGUCUUCGAUAAAGAAAUAA